UCACUGCUUUAUAACUCUCUGCUUUCGAUUUUUUUUUUUUUCUGCUUUUGGUUUCUAAACCAUUCUUGAUUAUACCACUGCUCUAUACUUAUUGCUCUGCAUCUCUUUCUUCUUUCUUCUUUCUUCUGUUUACGCGACAAUGGUUUCUGUGUGAGUUCUGCCGCAAGGAACAGACAACAAGUGUAAGUAGAAGAAGAAGAAAAAAGAAAAACAAAUGUCUAAGUAUUCUUUCUUGAACGAUCAGAUGUCCAAGAGAACCUCAAUCUUCGGUUUGCGUUUAUGGGUGGUUAUUGGUGUCUGUGUUGGGGCCGCUAUAGUUCUUGUUCUUUUCCUUAUUUCUCUCUGGUUCACUUCUAAACGCAACAAGACUAACAACACUGCUGCACACUCCAAAUUCAAGUCGUCUAUCAACGACCCCACAAUCCCCAGCGUCUCCAAGGAAAUCCAGGAGAUACGCUUAGACCCUUCACACCAGGCGCCUGUUCCGAAACCGCUUAGUCCGGACCCAGAGCCGGAAUCGGAACCAGUCCUGCUUCUACAGCAUGAAGAAGAUAGUAGUCCUGUCGGCGGGAGGAACAGAAUUCACAUUGAGAUUGGGAAGGAUCAUAGGAUAUCGUAUCCGGAACGGGCUGGUGCAUCUGGUAAUGGAAGCGGAGAGACCCGGUCCGGUCCUCGUUCCGGUGAUCAGGCCUGUGCGGCGAUAGCUGUGCCAGAAGUUUCACAUUUGGGUUGGGGCCACUGGUACACUCUCAGGGAGCUUGAGGUCUCUACUAAUGGUUUUGCUGAUGAGAACGUGAUUGGCGAAGGUGGGUAUGGGAUCGUUUACCGUGGUGUUAUGGAGGAUAAUACUAAAGUUGCUGUCAAGAAUUUGCUUAACAACAGGGGACAAGCUGAGAAGGAGUUCAAGGUCGAAGUAGAAGCAAUUGGACGGGUUCGGCACAAGAAUUUGGUGAGGUUGCUUGGUUAUUGUGCUGAAGGAGCUCAUAGGAUGCUUGUUUACGAGUAUGUUGACAAUGGAAACUUAGAACAGUGGCUUCAUGGAGAUGUUGGGCCUUGCAGCCCUCUCACAUGGGAGAUUCGCAUGAAUAUAAUACUUGGAACAGCAAAAGGGCUGACAUACCUGCAUGAAGGGCUUGAACCCAAGGUUGUUCAUCGUGAUAUAAAAUCCAGCAACAUUUUACUGGAUAGGCAGUGGAAUGCUAAAGUAUCUGAUUUUGGCCUCGCAAAACUCUUAGGCUCAGAGCGGAGUUAUGUGACCACUCGUGUAAUGGGGACAUUUGGAUAUGUGGCUCCAGAAUAUGCCAGUACAGGCAUGUUGAAUGAAAGAAGUGAUGUAUACAGCUUUGGGAUUCUUCUUAUGGAAAUCAUUUCUGGAAGAAACCCAGUUGACUACAGCCGCCCUCCAGGAGAGGUGAAUUUAGUUGAAUGGCUUAAAACAAUGGUUACAAAUCGGAAUGCAGAGGGAGUUUUGGAUCCUAGGUUGCUAGAAAAGCCUUCUUCAAGGGCACUGAAGCGUGCCCUUUUAGUAGCUUUACGCUGUGUGGACCCAAAUGCACAACAGAGGCCAAAGAUGGGGCAUGUGAUACAUAUGCUUGAAGCUGAUGAGUUCCCCUUCCGAGAUGACCGCAGAACUGGAAGGGAACAUGGGCGAACUCACCGUGAUGUUGAGAAAACAGAAAAGCGUGUGACUGAAUCAGGGGACAGCAGUGGUUAUGAAAGUGGUGCCCAAACAAAUAGAUCAUUGUGGAGAAAACAAGACCCUGAAGAACAGUAAGUAGCCUUGCUGAACAUGUACAAGAUGAGCGGAUUCACCAUAUUUUGUUCAUAUUAUUCCAACUCAGAGCUGGCAUAUACGAAUAUCACCCACAGAUCCACUCUUACCUCUAUAUGCAUAUGAUUACAAGUUUGCAGUAUUUGUAGAUUAUGCAGCAUCAUGUGCCAUUGGGCAUGUAAUCUGAAGUACUGUUCUUUUCCUGAUGGUUCAUCUUAUUAGCAUUGAGCUGAUGAUAUGUGUAAAAUCUGAAUUUUGUUUGAUUGUAUCCAGCGCUGUAUAUCAUUGGCUUUGUUUUCA